AUGGAAGAAGAAGAAAGCAAAGAAUUGCUCGACGAAUGCUGGGAGAUGAUCUUUGAUCGUCUUGAGCAUGAAAGUGACCGAGAAUCAAUCACAUUAGUUUGCAAGAGGUUCCUGUCAAUUACCAAUACUUUACGAGAUAGUAUAAAGUUCUCAGAUUGUACACCAAUCUCAACUACCUCUAGGCUGCUGCAACGAUUCUCAAACCUUAAGAAGAUACGGUUCUGUAACUUUUCAGGAGACCUGAAUGAAGCCGUUGUUGCGAUUGCAAGGUCAGGGUUGGACCUAGAAGAGUUGUUGGAUGUGUCACAUGAUAGAAGACAACCAGCAUUUUGGUUGGAGGAGCUAGGUUCAAAGAUGCAGAAUCUGAAAGUACUGAGGUUUGCAAGUGGACAGGGAGAUGCUGAUCUUGUCAGAGUAGCAGACUCGUUCCCUGAGCUCGAGGAGCUGCAGAUUGGGGACUGUCGUAGUAGAGGUGAUUAUCGUACCAUUGUUGUGACUGGUGAAGGGAUAGAGUAUCUGUCAUCCAAGCUCAAGAAAUUACGCAAAAUAGAUAUUUCGGAGAAACAGCCUAAACCACAUAUAUCAGAUAAGUCCCUUGUUUCGCUGUCAAAAAAUUGUGCAUUACUAGAGCAGAUUAAACUUCGUUAUUGUUAUUCUGUGACAGAAUGUGGUAUUUCAUUCCUUAUAAAUAAUAGCCAUCAUUUAAACUCCUUACAUUUAUUUGCAUAUAUUAAGAUUGGAUCAUUCGGAGCCAAAGGCUGUACUAAUCUUCUAACCAACUUACGAUCUCUAAGGCUCCAAUGGGUAGACAUAUCGGAUGAGUUUCUGAUUUCUUUAGUAGAAGCGCGAAUUCCACUUACUGACUUGGCUCUCUCAUAUUGCAAAAACUACACAUUUACCGGGUUUUUAAGGCUCCUACAGUACAUUUCUCAAUCUCUGAAAUCUUUAAAGUUGGGGGAAGUUGAAUUCCUCACAAAUGAGCAUAUAGAGUACUUGUCCCCUUUUCUCCAAAACUUGACAUCAAUUAAGCUCAUUGAUUGUUCCAAUCUAUCUGAUUCCGCUUUUGUUAUGAUCACACAAACAUGCCCUCGUCUAUACCAUUUUAAAAUGACCAAUUCAAGCAUCAGAAGAGAAAAUUACAAAUUUGAUGGCCUAGAGAAGAAAAACUCUGCAAUAAAGCACUUGGACCUGUCAUCACAUCAAAACUUAAGCCAUUCAGUUCUGAAAAGGCUUCUUACCAUCUGUCCUGGAGUGGAGAAGCUAAAGCUACGCGAUUGUUCUUUCCUACAAUCUGAUUGUCUGAAUGUUUAUGAUAUUCUAGAGUGCAACAGGCGCCUUGUGAAAUUGGAUUUAAGUAGAUCACAUCAUCUGAAAUAUUCCAGAAAAAGCAUGGAAUCCUCAAUGUUAGAAGAGUUGAUAGCUAAGAAUUCAUGGAUAGGCGAUGAUUUUCUUACAAAGUUAGGGAUGAUCAGCCCUAGAUUGAUUCACCUCGAUCUUGAGGGCUGCAGAAGAGUGACAGAUGAAGGGGUUAGGGAAGUGGUGAAAUUGUGUAAACGACUGAGAUACUUGAGCAUUAGUUCUUGUAAAAAUGUGGAUUUCAGCAUAAUAGCAUGGAUAGUUAUUAACAGUCCAUCCUUGAGAAAACUGGUCUCACCAUCUAAUAAGUACCCAAACGACGAAUACCAGAAACUCUUCUUGCAGAGAGGCUGUCUUGUCCUUAAGGGUUUAGAAUACUCAUAUGAUUCAUAUGUUGACCACUAUGCAUUAUAA